CCAGGCCCGGGCGGCAUGCGGAGGCCCCGCGGGCGGCAGGAUGAGUGCGCGCGCGGAGGCGGGCGGCGCGGGCCGUCAGGAGCAGGGCGCCUACGGCCUGCACAUCUACCCGCAGCUGUCCUGGACCCCAAGCCCGGCCUCGUGCUGCGUGAUGGCCACCAAGGACAGCACCACGGCCGAGGUCAUCCGCGAGGCCGUGGCCCGCCUGCAGCUGGACGGCAGCAAGCGCUACGCGCUGGCGGAGGUGAAGGAGGCGGGCGGCGAGGAGUGGGUGCUGGACGCCAGCGACGCGCCCGUGCACCGAGUGCUGCUGUGGCCGAGGCGGGCGCAGGCUGAGCACCCGCGUGAGGACGGCUACUACUUCCUGCUGCAGGAGCGUGGCGCCGAUGGCGCCAUCCGGCACGUGCACUUGCCCCUGGCGGCCCACGCCUCGGCGGCCCGGCGCCUGGUGCAGCGUGGCCUCCUGCCACCGCCACAGGCUGACGUGGAUGACCUGUGCAACCUGCCUGAGCUGACGGAGGAGAACCUGCUGAGGAGCCUCAAGUGCCGCUUCCUGCAGCAGAAGAUCUACACCUACGCCGGCAGCAUCCUGGUGGCCGUCAACCCCUUCAAGUUCCUGCCUAUCUACAACCCCAAGUACGUGAAGCUGUACGAGAACCAGCGGCUGGGCAAGCUGGAGCCGCACGUGUUCGCGCUGGCCGACGUGGCCUACUACGCCAUGCUGCGCAAGCGCGUGAACCAGUGCAUCGUCAUCUCGGGCGAGAGCGGCUCGGGCAAGACGCAGAGCACCAACUUCCUCAUCCAUUGCCUCACCGCGCUAAGCCAGAAGGGCUACGCCAGCGGCGUUGAGAGGACCAUCCUGGGCGCCGGGCCUGUGCUCGAGGCCUUUGGGAACGCGAAGACGGCCCACAACAACAACUCCAGCCGCUUCGGCAAGUUCAUCCAAGUCAACUACCUGGAGAGCGGCAUCGUGCGCGGAGCUGUCGUGGAAAAAUACCUGCUUGAAAAGUCUCGCCUGGUGUCUCAGGAGAAAGAUGAGCGGAACUACCACGUGUUUUACUAUCUGCUCCUUGGGGUCAGCGAGGAAGAGCGCCAAGAAUUCCAGCUCAAGCAGCCGGAAGAUUACUUCUACCUCAACCAGGUAAGUGGCCCGGCCGGCCACAAGGCCACCUCCGCCCCCACGCAGCUCUGCUCGGCCAGAGGGUGUGAGGGAGCCGGCGUCCCUGUUUUCCAGCAUAACUUGAAGAUUGAGGACGGGGAAGACCUGAAGCACGACUUCGCGCGGCUGAAGCAGGCCAUGGAGAUGGUGGGCUUCCUCCCUGCCACCAAGAGGCAGAUCUUCUCCAUGCUGUCCGCCAUCCUGUACCUGGGCAACGUCACCUACAAGAAGAGGCCCACGGGCCGCGACGAGGGCCUGGAGGUCGGGCCGGCUGAGGUGCUGGACACCCUGUCGCAGCUCCUCAAGGUGAAGCGAGAGAUCCUGGUGGAGGUCCUGACCAAAAGAAAAACAGUGACCGCCAAUGACAAGCUCAUCCUGCCCUACAGCCUCAGUGAGGCCGUCACCGCACGCGACUCCAUGGCCAAGUCCCUGUACAGUGCCCUGUUCGACUGGAUCGUGCUGCGGAUCAACCACGCGCUCCUCAACAAGAAGGACGUGGAAGAGGCCGUCUCCUGCCUGUCCAUCGGGGUCCUCGACAUCUUCGGCUUUGAGGACUUUGAGCGGAACAGCUUCGAGCAGUUCUGCAUCAACUACGCCAACGAGCAGCUGCAGUACUACUUCAACCAGCACAUCUUCAAGCUGGAGCAGGAGGAGUACCAGGGUGAGGGCAUCACCUGGCACAACAUCGCCUACACAGACAACGUGGGCUGCAUCCACCUCAUCAGCAAGAAGCCCACCGGCCUCUUCUACCUGCUGGACGAGGAGAGCAACUUCCCCCACGCCACAAGCCAGACCCUGCUGGCCAAGUUCAAGCAGCAGCACGAGGACAACAAGUACUUCCUGGGCACCCCAGUCAGGGAGCCCGCCUUCAUCAUCCAGCACUUCGCGGGGCGAGUCAAGUACCAGAUCAAGGACUUCCGGGAGAAGAAUAUGGACUACAUGCGGCCCGACAUCGUGGCGCUGCUGCGGGGCAGCGACAGCGCCUACGUGCGCGAGCUCAUCGGCAUGGAGCCCGUGGCUGUGUUCCGCUGGGCCGUGCUGCGCACCGCCCUGCGGGCCAUGGCCGUGCUGCGGGAGGCUGCGCGCCUGCGGGCCGAGCGGCGGGAGAGGGCGGCAGGUCCUGGCAGCCCAGACGCCCAGGGUCCCCCAGGAGCGCUGUCUUCGGAAGCUAAUACACCAUCCGAGAGACUUUACCGCGAGCUGCACCACCAGAUGAUCGAGAGCAUCAAGGGCCUGCCCUGGCAGGGCGAGGACCCCCGCAGGCUGCUCCAGUCCCUCGGCCAGCUCCAGCGGCCACGUCCCUGCGUGCUGAAGAGUAAAGGUAUCAAACAAAAGCAGACCAUUCCCAAGAACCUGCUGGACCGCGAGUCACUGAGGCUGAUCGUCAGCAUGACGCUGCAUGACCGCACCACCAAGUCCCUGCUGCACCUGCACAAAAAGAAGAAGCCUCCAAGCAUCAGCGCCCAGUUCCAGACGUCCCUGAGCAAGCUGCUUGAGACCCUGGGCAAGGCUGAGCCCUUCUUCAUCCGCUGCAUCCGCUCCAACGCCGCCAAGAAGGAGCUGUGCUUCGACGACGAGCUGGUCCUGCAGCAGCUGCGCUACACAGGGAUGCUGGAGACUGUGCGCAUCCGCCGCUCCGGCUACAGCGCCAAGUACACCUUCCAGGACUUCACGGAGCAGUUCCAGGUGCUGCUGCCCAAGGACGCCCAGCCCUGCCGCGAGGUCAUCUCAGCGCUGCUGGAGAAGAUGCGUGUGGACAAGAGGAGCUACCAGAUUGGGAAGACCAAGGUGUUCCUGAAGGAGACGGAGCGCCAGGCCCUGCAGGAGACGCUGCACCGCGAGGUUGUGCGUAAGAUCCUGCUGCUGCAGAGCUGGUUCCGUGCGGUGCUGGAGCGCCGCCACUUCCUGCAGGCGCGCCGCGCCGCCGUGGCCAUCCAGGCCUGCUGGCGUUCCUACCGCGCGCGGCGGGCGCUGGCCAGGACGCGGGCUGCCGUGUGCCUGCAGGCCGCAUGGAGGGGCUACCGGCAGUGCAAGGCCUAUCGCUGCCAGCGCCAGAGCAUCAUCCGCCUGCAGAGCCUGUGCCGUGGCCACCUGCAGCGCCAGAGCUUCAGCCAGAUGCUUGCAGAGAAGCAGAAGGAGGACGAGCGGCCGAGAGAGGCCCUGGAGGUCACAGGGAUGCAGGACGUAGGAGCUGGGCAAGGCCGGGAGGCCACCGAGGAGCAGGUGGCCGGGCAGGAUGUGGAGACCACUGGGGACAGUGAGCACCCAGCGCCAAGGCCCGAGGCACAGCCUGAAGAUGGGUCAGCAGCGGAGGAGGAGGCCCGAGGCCUCGCGAAGGGGCUCUCAGCCCCCGGGAGCACGGCUGCGGCGGUGGCGGUGGGCGAGGGUCCCGAGAAGGUGGCCAGCAGCCGGGAGAAGCGCGAGUCCCGGCGCCAGCGAGGCCUGGAGCACGUGGAGCUGCAGAACCGGCACAUGCAGGCGUCCCGCGAGGAGCGCAGGGACGAGGAUGUGCGUCCCGGCGCUGAGCCCAUGGCACCCCCUGCAGUGCUGCCCCAGGCAGCCGCCGCGGUCGCCAGCGACAGUGACCAGGACCAGGGGCCCGGCCCUGUGCAGCGGCCCACCAGCCUGGCCCUGGACGCGGUCCCCAAGGACAAGAACAGGCAGGCCGACAGCCCCGGGGCCGCGGCCCAGAUCCAGCGGUACCAGCCCCCCGAGGCCGAGCGGCUGGCCAUUGCCGUGGAGCAGUGGCGUGGCCGCAAGCUGGGGACCACUGCCGGCGCCACGCUGAGCCAGUCCCUAGACCUCAGCGACAAGCACCGGGCUGCGGAGGCGGCCCUCACCCCCACAGAGGAGAGGCGCAUCUCCUUAUCCACAGGCGACGUCUCCAAGCUGUCCCUGGCCAAGGCACAGCCUUCUUCAGAAACUGAUGGGGAGCCCAGCAUCAAGAAGCCAGCUGUGCAAAAGAAGAAGUCGGGCGACGCGUCCUCAGGCCCAGACGCAGGGCUGUCCCCAGGUUCCCACGCUGACUCUAAGUCCACGUUUAAAAGGCUUUUCCUGCAUAAGACCAAGGAGAAGAAGAGCAGUCCAGAGGGUGUGGAGGAGACCGAGGCUGCGGUGCCCGGGCAUGCUGUGCUGGAAGCCACCGCUGUGAAGAGGAAUCUGGAAGCCCCGGCCAGCCACCAGCCACGCCACACAGCGGGUGAGAAGCACACCAAGGACGCAGGCGGCAAAGGGAAGAGGAACCGCAACCUCAAGAUCGGCAAGAUCACGGUGACAGAGAAGUGGCGGGAGUCCGUAUUCCGCAAGAUCACCAAUGCCAACGAGCUCAAGUACCUGGAUGAGUUCCUGCUCAACAAGAUAAACGACCUGCGCUCCCAGAAGACGCCCAUCGAGGGCCUGUUCAUCGAGGCCACGGAGCGGUUCCGGAGCAACAUCAAAACCAUGUACUCUGUCCCGAACGGAAAGAUCCACGUCGGCUACAAGGACCUAAUGGAGAACUACCAGAUCAUCGUCAACAACCUGGCCAGCGAGCGCGGUGAGGACACCAACCCGGUCCUCAACCUCUUCCAGUCGCUGCUGGACGAGUUCACGCGGUGCUGCUCCAAGACUGACUUCGAGCGGGUGAAGCCAAGCAAAGCUCAGAAGAAGAAGCGGAAGCAGGAACGAGCUGUUCAGGAGCACAAUGGCCACGUGUUCGCCAGCUACCAGGUCAGCAUCCCGCAGUCCUGCGAGCACUGCCUCUCCUACAUCUGGCUCAUGGACAAGGCCCUGCUCUGCAGCGUGUGCAAGAUGACCUGCCACAAGAAGUGCGUGCACAAGAUUCAGAACUCCUGCUCCUACCUGAGUGGGAGGAAGACCGAGCCAGGUGCCGAGCUGGGCCACUUUGGCGUCUGCGUGGACAGCCUGACCAGCGACAGGGCCUCGGUGCCCCUGGUGCUGGAGAAGCUGCUGGAGCACGUGGAGCUGCACGGGCUCUACACCGAGGGCCUCUACCGCAAGUCUGGCACUGCCCACCGUACGCGCGAGCUCCGGCAGGCGCUGCAGACAGACCCCGCGGCCGUGCGGUUGGAGGACUUCCCCAUCCACGCCAUCACCGGCGUCCUCAAGCAGUGGCUGCGCGAGCUGCCCGAGCCCCUCAUGACCUUCGCCCAGUACGGCGACUUCCUGCGCGCUGUCGAGCUGCCAGAGAAGCAGGAGCAGCUGGCCGCCAUCUAUGCCGUCCUGGAGCACCUGCCCAAAGCCAACCACGACUCGCUGGAGCGGCUCGUCUUCCACCUCGUCAAGGUGGCCCUGCUGGAGGACGUGAACCGCAUGUCGCCUGGGGCGCUGGCCAUCGUCUUCGCGCCCUGCCUCCUGCGCUGCCCGGACAACUCGGACCCGCUGACCAGCAUGAAGGACGUCCUCAAGAUCACCACGUGCGUGGAGAUGCUGAUCAAAGAGCAGAUGCGGAAGUACAGGGUGAAGAUGGAGGAGAUCAGCCAGCUGGAGGCCGAGGAGAGCAUCGCCUGCCGUCGGCUGUCCCUGCUGCAGCAGAGCUCUCCCUGGCCUUUCAAACUGGGGUUCUCAUCUCCCUGUGAGGGGGUGCUGAGCAAGAGCCCCAAGACCCCUGUGAGCCGCGACGGCAGCCUGGAGGAGCUGGAGGCGCUCCCAGAGGAGGAGGCGGCCGGUGGCGGCGGCGGCGGCGAGGACCGGGAGAAGGAGAUGCUCCUGGAGCGCAUCCAGUCCCUCAAGGAGGAGAAGGAGGACAUCACCUACCGGCUGCCAGAACUGGAGCCCAGGGGCUCGGACGAGGAGACCCUGGACUCGGAGACAUCGGCCAGCACCGAGAGCCUGCUGGAGGAGCGGGCCGGGCGGGGGGCUGCCGAAGGGCCCCCCGCGCCUGCGUCCCCCCACCCCACCGCGCCCGCCCCGAGCCCCCUUCCCAUGAUGGUGCCUCCAAGGCGCCGGCCGGCGUCCUUCGCCAUGGUCAGAGUGAAGACCCCGCGGCGGACGCCUGUCAUGCCCACGGCCAACAUCAAGCUCCCGCCGGGCCUGCCCUCCCAUCUGCCCCCCCGGGAGCCUGCUGGCCCUCUGAGGCGCCGGGAGCCGCCAGCCCGCCGCCCUGACCAGGUGCGCUCCGUGUACAUCACACCUGGCCUGGGGCUGCCCACGCUUGGAGCCCUGGAACCCCUGGACAAGGACACUCGGCCUCCAGGGGCCAAGCGCAGGUACUCGGACCCCCCAACCUACUGCCUGCCCCCUACCCCGGGCCAGGCCCCGAGCUGAGGCCUGGGAUGGUCACAUCGAGGACGCUGCGCUAGCCUGCGGCUGCAGUGGCUCCAGGAAGGAUCCAGAUUGGAAGUGAGCCUGAGGGCGCUGCCCCGGCCAGGGUCCAGGCCACCUCACUGCAGGUCCGCCAGCCACAGGUGCACCACCCAGGCUGCCGAAUCCCGGGGGGCCUCGCCUCCCCUCCCCCUUUUGUACGUUUUCAUGACAACUUGUACGUGGUUUACAUAACUUGAAACUGUACCAGCCUAGUGGGAGACCGAACUGUUUUAUACUGUACGUUCAGACUUUGCUAUUAACGCUGUGUGCGUCCCUGUAACACGGGCCUGGGCAGAGCAGAGACCACAGCGGCGGCCACACCGUAGUCACCUUGGGUGGCCACAGGGACCUUGCACAGCGCAGGAGCUGUGAACUCUCGGGGCACCUCGCCACCCUCGUCUGUCUCCCACACGGGACGCCCGCUGGCGAUAGGCACAGCUGCUGGCCAAGGUACAUUCCAGGAAGCAUUGGGGCCCUCUGUGGGCUCAGAGGACAUGAACUGGGGUGGCGUCGCCAACAGCAGUCCGUCUGCACCCCAGGGGACCAGAAUGUGGUCAUCUCGCCUCUCUCCCUUGUGCUGUGGUGCCAGGGGCCAGAAGAGGCCAGCGCUGUGACUCAGGACCAUGCCCCAGCCUGAAGCUGCACAUUCCUGCAGACCCACAGCUGCGGCCGCGCUCUCCUCAGGCUUCAGCGCUCCCGGCCCCCAGGACGCAAGGCCGCGGCCGGAAUAAAGAGAAAGUGCUGUGA